AUGCCAAACUUGGAAUUCAUCACAACGGCCGAGUUCCACAUUGAUAAAGGACCCUCUUUAGUAUUUCAGUACCCCCAUGAAAUCCCCGGCUUAAAAGACUUGUAUUUCCUUCCCGAGUUGAUGUUACCAGAUCAAAUACAUAAGCGGAGUGAAGAUUAUACGCUUUUCCUACUAUAUCGAAACAUGACUACUGGAGACUUCCAGUAUUUGUACAACAAGAAUACGUGUGAACCAGACCCAUACUACUUAUACACCAUAGUACUCAAUCUACACAACGAUGAGUAUAAGCGGGGGGCUCAAGUUAAGAGUUUGUCAAUCAUUACCAAAAUCCCCUAUUUCAAAAAUUUCAAACCGGUAUUGAUGAUUUGUUUGGACUUGUAUUUCAGCAAGAAUAAUGUUGAUGCCGUUAAGGAAUUGUACCAUAGUUUAAAUGCAAAAGAUUUCAGUAUAUGUCAUGACCCAUCUAAUACGACGGGAGGUGGUAAUGAUCUUAGUAUUAUCAAAAAGAUCUUAGUGUCUAGCAUAUUGGAUUUACCUAUCAAUGACAAGAUAUAUUACGAUGAAAACUUCCGAAACAAAGUUCUUGGGAUUGGCAAGAAUCGAGUCUCCAAUGACACGUUGUUUAUUAGGAAAGAUUUAAGUUUCAACUCCAUUGUCAGUUUCAACAAAAUGAACAUCCCCAUUAAAGUGCCCUUGUUGAACUUGCCUGAUACUAUUGGUGAUUACUUAAAUCCAACAGACUUGAAUUUCAAGCCAAACUUGAUCAACAUUUUGAAUGCAAAACUAUCGGGAGAUUUAUUGCACAGUGAAAUGACAAUUUACGGGCUCCAGACCCCACCAAUCAUUAUACUCAUCAAUGCCAUCUUGACGGGGAAGAGGAUAUUGCUUCUCAGUUACGAAAAUAGUUCGGGGUACAUCAUAGAUCAUGUGCUCUUGAUUUUGAAAAUAGUGACUGGUGGUGGCAUAUUGAGUGGAAUAUUAACAAACUACAAUGUGUUUCCUAUUAUCGACGUGUCCAAGAUUGAUUUACUCGAGCAAUGCGAGAGUUUUAUUGCCGGUACAAUCAACCCAUUUUUCAAACAUAAUGACAAGCUAUGGGAUCUCAUGUACGAUUUGGAUUCGAAUGAGUUGAUAAUCAGUUCCAACAUUGCUGAUUCCUCAUUGUCCAAUGCCAAUCCAGAGUUUAAAAACUCCAUCGUUUCUGAAGAUGCCAGGUUUUUAUCAAGUUUACAAUUAUCGAUAUUCAACUACAAUGAUGACUUAACCACCAUCCAAUUAAUCUUUCGUCGUCACAUCAAUGAAAUAGUUCGUAUUUUACUCAGUUCAAAGAAUUUCAAUAGCAACUUGUUCCCCACGAACAAAGAUUUAAUACUCCUUCUUGACGGAAUGGGGUAUUUUUGGUCAAGCGAUACCACCAAAUUGUUGGAAAUGUCCUGUUAUCAAUUGAUUUCCAAAAAGUUUCAAGAUUUACUAUACAACGGUAAACUCACAUAUAAUCUUCUUUUACCAAACUUGUCCAACGAGUUGAAUCUCAUGAUUGAUUUGCAUUACCAUUUACAAAGUUUGAGCAACGUAUCCGUGGUUAAUGCCAAUUCCAAAAUCAAUGAACGAGAGGUGUGGUUCAAUAUUUUGAAGUUUUUGAUAUCUGGCAAAUCAUUGGAGAUUUUCUUAUUGACCACGUAUUUGAUCCCACCGAGUAGUUCAACCAGUUUACAAAGUUCAUCAGCUCAUGGUGGAAGUUUGACCAUAUUUGAUAAAAACAAAGGAAUCGAGUUGCUUUUGAUUAACCUUUUCAAUUAUGAUGAUCAGAUCAAAUCAAAUGUCAUUAUGAUAUUACAAGAGUUGCAAGAUAAUUUUCUAUGUGGGUGGUGUCUUGAAUUGUUUUUGAAAAGUAAUUCCGUCUACGAAAUUGCAUUCAAUGAUUUGAUCAAUGAAUAA